AAGGCUGAGCAAGGCGGGAGCUCUUAUUUUUUUCCCGCCGGCUGAUAGGGCGUGUGCAAUGCAAGCAAAUGAAUUUGACUCAUCAGAUGAAGAACCCUUGGAGGAAGAACAUACACCUUUUCAAGUAUCCUGGUUAGCCUUAUCGCCAGCCUAUUCCCAGUUUCUGGGAAUAUGUUCACUGCCAGGCUGCCGAUUCAAAAGUAUUAGAAGAAGCCUUCAGAAAGACAUAGGUGAACUGAGGAGCUAUGGGGUGCAAGAUAUAUUUGUACUCUGUACCAGAGGAGAACUCUCAAAGUACCGUGUGCCACAUCUUCUAGAGGCAUAUGAGAAUCACGGGAUCAAUGUGCAUCAUCACCCUAUUCCUGAUGGAGAUACUCCGGACAUUGCCAGAUGCUGUGUAAUUCUAAGUGAACUGAAGAGCUGCCUCGAAUGUAACCGGAAAACCAUAAUACACUGUUAUGGAGGACUUGGACGAUCCUGCCUCAUAGCAGCUUGUCUCCUGCUUCAGAUAUCUGACCCAGUAGCUCCACAGCAGGUCAUAGACAGCCUGCGAGACUUGAGAGGUUCAGGCGCGAUACAAACCAUAAAGCAGUACAACUACCUCCAUGAUUUUCAAGAGGCCUUGGCUAGCCAUCUGGCAAAAGAAGGUACAACAACAAGAACAAUAUCCCGAUAA